AUGCAACUCUCCGCCCUCCUCCUCGCAACCGUCACCCUCCUGGCCUCCACCGUCUCGGCCCAGAGCCGUCCCCACGGCAUCGACAUCGGCAACGAGGCCUGCGUGGGCUCCUGUGUCCGCAACCCCAAGCUGUUGACCUGUCCCAAGACCAAGUACCAACCCGACCAAGGAUGCUAUGUAUGCUGCUGGGCGGACGACGACGCCGAUGCGUGGGCCGAUCACGUUCACGAUGACUUUGGGGAUUUUUGA